CACUGCAACUUGCAGUGUUGGUUGGUUGGUUGGUUUGUUGAGUUCAGUUGCUUUGUGGGCAGCCCCAAAAAAUGGCUCUCUACCCUGUUUCUGCUUCUUCUUCUUUUUCUUCUUCUUCUACUCUUCUCAUUCUCCUCUGUUUCUUCACCUCAUCUCUGCUUCUCUGCAAUGCCUUCCAACAUCAUCACCACCCUCGAGUUGCUAGGCACAACUACAGAGAUGCCCUCACCAAAUCUAUACUAUUUUUUGAAGGCCAGAGGUCAGGGAGGCUCCCUUCUAACCAGAGAAUGACUUGGAGGAGAGACUCUGGCCUUUCAGAUGGGGCAGCCAUGCAUGUGGAUUUGGUUGGAGGGUACUAUGACGCAGGGGACAAUGUGAAGUUUGGGUUCCCAAUGGCCUUCACCACCACCAUGCUUUCAUGGAGUGUGAUCGAGUUUGGUGGGUUGAUGAAAGGUGAGUUGCAGCAUGCCAAAGAAGCCAUUCGUUGGGCCACUGAUUACCUCCUCAAAGCCACUGUCCAUCCAGACACCAUUUACGUUCAGGUGGGUGAUGCUAAUAAGGAUCACGCUUGUUGGGAGAGACCAGAGGACAUGGACACUUCAAGGAGUGUUUUCAAGGUAGACAGAAACACCCCUGGUUCAGAUGUAGCUGCUGAAACUGCAGCUGCUCUUGCUGCUGCUUCUGUGGUCUUCAGAAGAAGUGACCCUACAUACUCCAAGCUUCUCAUCAGGAGAGCUAUUAGGGUGUUUCAGUUUGCUGACAGGUACAGAGGAGCAUACAGCAAUGGAUUGAAAAACUAUGUGUGCCCCUUCUAUUGCUCUUAUUCUGGUUAUCAGGAUGAGUUGCUGUGGGGUGCUGCAUGGUUGCACAAAGCCACCAGGAACCCCACCUUCUUGAGCUACAUUCAAGUAAAUGGCCAGACCCUUGGGGCUGAUGAUUCUGACAAUACAUUUGGAUGGGAUAACAAGCAUGUUGGAGCAAGGAUUCUUCUCUCUAAGGCAUUCCUUCUCCAAAAGGUGCAGUCCCUCCAUGAUUACAAAGGUCAUGCAGACAACUUCAUAUGUUCUCUGAUACCAGGAACUCCUUUCUCGCAAGCCCAGUACACCCCAGGUGGGUUGCUGUUCAAGAUGAGUGACAGCAACAUGCAGUAUGUGACCUCCACUUCAUUCCUGCUUGUAACCUAUGCCAAGUACUUAACUUCAGCCCACAAAGUUGUGAACUGCGGUGGAACCAUUAUCACCCCAAAGAGGCUUCGAGUCAUUGCUAAGAAACAGGUGGACUACCUCUUGGGGGACAACCCCUUGAAGAUGUCCUACAUGGUGGGGUAUGGUCCAAGGUACCCACAAAGGAUACACCACAGGGGCUCAUCACUGCCCUCAAUUGCCAAACACCCGGCAAAGAUCCAAUGCUCUGCAGGCUUCAAUAUCAUGCACUCUCAAUCCCCAAAUCCUAACAUCUUGGUGGGGGCAGUGGUUGGUGGGCCAGACCAGCAUGAUAGGUUCCCAGAUCAACGGUCAGAUUUCGAGCAAUCAGAGCCAUCGACCUAUACCAAUGCCCCACUUGUGGGAGCACUGACUUAUCUAGCACACUCAUUUGGGCAGCUCUAGGCCUUAGCAGCCUCUUUUAUAUAACCAUUCAAACAGUAUGGGUUAUGGUUUGAGAGCAAGUUUCGUGCCGGGUACGGCAUAUAUGUAAAGUUCUUAUUUCUCACAUAUGGUUGUCUGGAUUCCUCCUCUAAUAGGCUUUAGGAAGAGAGAGGGUCGUUUCUUGUUUGUGAGUUAUGUAUGAGUCUGAGUCUGUUUUGGGACUUGUAAUGUGUCCACUAGUGUUUUAACUUUGCAACAACUAGACCUCAAAAAUUGCCUA